AUGAUUGAUAAUCGACUACUCUGGUAUCUCGAAAAACAUCAACUUUUGGACGAAACACAAUCAGGAUUUAGGCCGAACCGAUCUACAAUCGACAACCUCGUCAUCCUACAAACGGAAAUUUCUCAAGCUUUUGGAAACAAGAACGUUGUCAUAGCAGUAUCCCUCGAUAUUCGCAGUGCCUUUGAUGUCGGGUGGAGGUCCGCUAUUUUGGAAAAGCUGAAAGAAUUCGGUCUAUCCGGACCCUUGUACUCAUUUAUACAACAUUUUCUCAACGAUAGAUCUUUUAAAGUCAUCGCGCUUGAACAGAACGAAGGCUUAGGUGACAUCAAGCAGAUCAUAGUGAGUGGAAAAUGGCCUACUCCGAUUGAGCAAAAACCUGUCAACAUCAACAUCCUCUUCCAAGGCAAACCGGAUCUGUCAUCAAAGGUUAACAUACUUUGGAACAGUCUUUCCGAGGAUGCAAAGAACUCGCUCAACGUUAACAUCGGCAGUUUGCCAACCGACCAGCAGGAACGAAUCCUUUUGUACUUGUACCAAUUGGCCCAAGACAAGGUGGGCAAAGUAGGCAUAAAGAUUGAUUUGAGCCCGACGACGAUUAAGACGGCCAUAGACAAGGAUAACAGCGGUCAACUGGUUGAUAUCAAACAGAUCAUAGUCAGCGGAAAGUGGCCCGAGCAAAAACCGGUUAACGUCAACAUUCUCUUCCAAGGCAAACCAGACUUAGCGUCAAAGGUCAACAUCCUCUGGAACAGUCUAUCCGAGCCCUCAAAGAACCUGCUCAACAUAAACAUUGGCAGCAAGUCACCCGAACAGCAGGAACGAAUCCUUUUGUACCUGUACAAAUUGGCGCACGACAAGGUGGGUAAACCUGGGGUGAAGAUUGACCUGAGCCCGACUACGAUCAAGACGGUCAUAGACAAGGACAAUAAGGGCCAGCUGAACGAUAUGAAGCAGAUCAUCAUCAUCGGAAAAUGGCCCGUACCUGGACAGGAGAAGCCUGUGAACAUCAACAUUCUCUUCCAAGGCAAACCGGAUUUGGCAUCAAAGGUCAAUAUACUAUGGAACAGUCUGUCUGACAAGGCAAAGAACACCAUCAACGUAAGUCUGGGCGAUAUGCCAAUCGAUCAUCAGGAACGAGUCCUUUUAUACUUGUACAAACUGGCCCAGGAUAAGGUCGGAAAGCCCGGUAUUAAAAUUGAUUUGAACCCGGCGACUAUUAAGACGGCCCUAGACAAGGAUAUCAAUGAUGAGCUCGAAGACAUCCAGCAGAUCAUCAUCAACGGACGCUGGCCCCAGCCUGGUGAGGAAAAUACGGUGAAAAUCGACCUCCUCUUCCCCGACAAGCCCGACUUACAGUCGAAGGUCAAUCUGCUGUGGAACAAACUGACCGACCAAGGAAAGGACAAUGUGAACAAGCUUUUGGGAGAUCUCACCCCCGAUCAACAGCGCCCCAUCCUCCUCUACAUCUACGAUAUCGCCAAGGAAAAUUUGAAGAAACCCAAUACGCAAUUGAACCUUGACACCAACACCAUCACUACGGUUAUCAACAUGGAGAAGAAUAAUAAACUGGAAGAUAUCAAGAAGAUAAUCAUCGACGGAAAGUGGCCUGGGUCUGAAAACGAGAACAAGGUGGUGAACGUCAAUGUACUCUUCCCAGACAAGCCGGAGUUGCAGUCAAAGGUCAACGUACUUUGGAACAGUCUCACGGACAACGCGAAGGAUACCAUCAAUCAAAAUAUUGGAGACAUGGAACCGGACCAACAAGCGCGAAUUCUCUUGUACCUUCUCAAAACGAUCGAGGACAAGGUGGGUCAACCCGGAGUGAAAGUCAACGUAAGCCCGGAUACCAUCCAAAAGAUUAUAAUUAAGGACGAGAAUGACGAAUUGGGAGACAUAAAGAACGUCAUCAUUACCGGAAAGUGGCCCCAGCCGGAGAAGGAAUACACAGUGAAAGUUAACACCCUCUUCCCCGACAAGCCCGACUUACAAUCCAAGGUUGACCUGCUCUGGGACAAGUUGACUGACGAAGGAAAGGACAACGUCGAUGAUCGUCUGAAGGACUUGACACCCGACCAACAGAGACCCAUCCUGCUCUACAUUUACAACAUCGCCAAGGAGAACCUCGAUAAGCCUAACACGAAGUUGGACCUUGACACUGACACAAUCGAUAAGGUCAUCACCUUGGAGAAGAACAACAACUUGGAGGACAUAAAAAAGAUCAUCGCAAACGGAAAGUGGCCGAAACAAGGAGAGGAUAAGGUCAAAAUUAACCUACUCUUCCCCGACAAACCGGAACUGAAGUCGAAAGUCCAACUGCUCUGGGACAGCCUGACUGACAACGCCAAGCAUACCAUCGACAGUAACGUGGGAAGUUUGAGACCCGAACAACAAGAGCGAAUCCUUCUUUUCCUUCUCAGCCAAUUGGAGGAUCAAGUGGGCAAACCUGGCGUGAAAAUCGACGUGGACCAGGAUACCAUCCACAGGAUCGUGCUGAAGGAGCUGAACGACGACUUGGAAAACAUCAAGGAGGUUAUCGACAACGGUAAGUGGCCUACAACGCCGAAGACCCCAGAGGAAAACAUUGUGAAAAUCCACGACAUGUUCCCUGACAAGCCGGACCUACAGUCCAAGAUUGAUCUUCUUUGGGACAAAUUGACCGACAAUGGAAAGGAUAACAUCAACAAACUCCUGAAGGACCUGAGCCCGGACAAACAAGCACCCGUUCUGCUGUACCUUUACGAUAUUGCCAAGGACACUUUGAAUAAGCCCAAGACCAAGCUUGAUCUCGACAGUGACACGAUCACCACGGUUAUCAAACUCCAGGAGAAAGAUAAACUGGGCGACAUUCCACAGAUUAUCACACUCGGAAGAUGGCCCUCUGAGAGCGAACGACCAAUUCAGGGACUGACAACCACUCCCAAGACUGAGAUUCACAAAAUAAAGAUUGAUGAGCUCUUCCCCGACAAACCCGACUUGGAAGAGAAAGUUAAGCUACUUUGGGACAGCCUGACUGAAGACGCCAAGGACGCGAUCGACAAGGAGAUCGGAGACAAAAAACCCGAAGACCAGGCCCCCAUUCUCUUGUACCUUUUCAGACUGUUGGAAGACAAAGUCGGUCAACCCAAUGUGCAGAUCGAUGUCAAACCGGACACCAUCCACAAGAUUGUACUCAAAGACGAAGCUGGUGACUUGGAUGACAUUAGGACCAUCAUCCUCACCGGAAAGUGGCCCUCAUCAGAGUCGACGACAACGCCAAAGACAGUGAUCCAUAAAAUCCACAUUGACGACAUCUUCCCCGACAAGCCCGACUUGGAAGAAAAAGUCAAGCUACUUUGGGACAGCCUGACUGAAGACGCCAAGGACGUGAUCGAUAAGGAGAUUGGAGACAAAACACCCGAAGAACAGGCUCCCAUCCUCUUGUACCUCUUCAAGCUGUUGGAAGACAAAGUCGGCCAACCCAAUGUGCAGAUCGAUGUCAAACCGGACACCAUCCACAAGAUUGUACUGAAAGACGAAACUGGUGAAUUGGACGACAUAAAGACCAUCAUCCUCACCGGAAAGUGGCCCUCAUCAGAGUCGACGACAACGCCAAAGACACAGAUCCAUAAAAUCCACAUUGACGACAUCUUCCCCGACAAGCCCGACUUGGAAGAAAAAGUCAAGCUACUUUGGGACAGUCUGACUGAAGACGCCAAGGACGUGAUCGAUAAGGAGAUUGGAGACAAAACACCCGAAGAACAGGCUCCCAUCCUCUUGUACCUCUUCAAGCUGUUGGAAGACAAAGUCGGCCAACCCAAUGUGCAGGUCGAUGUCAAACCGGACACCAUCCACAAGAUUGUACUGAAAGAAGAAACUGGUGACUUGGAUGACAUUAAGACCAUAAUCGACACUGGAAAGUGGCCUAAAGAGGAAGGUACAACAACAACCACGGCAAAGACAGUUGAUACACACAAAGUAAGGAUUGACGACAUCUUCCCUGAUAAACCCGACCUGGAAGAAAAGAUUAAGAUACUCUGGGACAGUCUCACUGAGGAAGGAAAGGACGCGAUCGAUGAAGUAAUAGGAGACAAGAAACCUGAAGAGCAGGCUCCCAUCCUCCUAUACCUGUUCAAACUGUUGGAAGACAAAGUUGGUCAACCGAAUGUGAAAGUCACUGUCGAACCAGAUACCAUUGAAAAGAUUGUGCUUAAAGAAGAACGUGGUGACUUGGAUGACAUUAAGACCAUCAUUCUAACCGGAGAAUGGCCCACAUCUGGUACGGUAACCACGACCACCACACCAAAGACCGAGGAACCUGAGAAUGACAGAGUGAAUAUUCACGAAAUCUUCCCCGACAAACCAGACCUACAGUCGAAGAUUGACCUUCUUUGGGAAAAAUUAACACCAGAAGGAAAAGAAAAUAUUAACGAUCUUUUAGAAGACCUACCUAAGGAUAAAAAAGCGCCCAUUUUGCUUUACAUCUACGAUAUUGCCAAGGAUACUCUCAAUAAGCCCAAGACCAAGCUUGACCUCGACAAAGAUACGAUCACCACGGUUAUCUUACGAGAGGAGAAAGACAAACUAGGAGAUAUACCACAGAUCAUCGAAAUUGGAAGAUGGCCAGAUGAGAGUGAGAGACCACUUAAGGGAACUACCACAACCACGCCAAAAACCGUUGAUGUACAUAAGGUGAAAAUUGACGAGCUCUUCCCAGACAAGCCCGACUUGGAAGAAAAGGUUAAGUUACUUUGGGACAGCCUAACAGAAGACGCAAAGGACGUCAUCGAUGAGGAAUUGGGAGACAAGAAACCAGAAGAACAGGCUCCUAUCCUCUUGUACCUCUUUAAACUUUUGGAAGACAAACUCGGUCAACCUAACGUGCAGGUUAAUGUCGAACCGGACACCAUCCACAAGAUUGUACUGAAAGAAGAAACUGGUGACUUGGAUGACAUUAAGACCAUAAUCGACACUGGAAAGUGGCCUAAAGAGGAAGGUACAACAACAACCACGGCAAAGACAGUUGAUACACACAAAGUAAGGAUUGACGAUAUCUUCCCGGAUAAACCCGACUUGGAAGAAAAGAUUAAAGUACUCUGGGAUAGUCUCACUGAGGAAGGAAAGGACGCGAUCGAUGAAGUAAUAGGAGACAAGAAACCUGAAGAGCAGGCCCCCAUCCUCCUAUACCUGUUCAAACUGCUAGAAGAUAAAGUUGGUCAACCUAAUGUGAAAGUCACUGUCGAACCAGAUACCAUUGAAAAGAUUGUGCUCAAAGAGGAACGAGGUGACUUGGAUGAUAUUAAGACCAUCAUUCUAACCGGAGAGUGGCCCACAUCUGGUACGGUAACAACGACCACCACACCAAAGACCGAGGAACCUGAGAAUGACAGAGUGAAUAUUCACGACAUUUUCCCCGAUAAACCGGAUCUACAGUCGAAGAUUGACCUUCUUUGGGACAAAUUAACACCAGAAGGAAAAGAAAAUAUCAACGAUCUUUUGGAAGACCUACCUAAAGAUAAAAAAGCGCCCAUUUUGCUUUACAUCUACGAUAUUGCCAAGGAUACUCUCAAUAAGCCCAAGACCAAGCUUGACCUCGACAAAGAUACGAUCACCACGGUUAUCUUACGAGAGGAGAAAGACAAACUAGGAGAUAUACCACAGAUCAUCGAUCUUGGAAGAUGGCCAGAAGAGAGUGAGAGACCACUUAAGGGAACUACCACAACCACGCCAAAAACCGUUGAUGUACACAAGGUGAAAAUUGACGAGCUCUUCCCAGACAAGCCCGACUUGGAAGAAAAGGUUAAGUUACUUUGGGACAGCCUAACAGAAGACGCAAAGGACGUCAUCGAUGAGGAAUUGGGAGACAAGAAACCAGAAGAACAGGCUCCUGUCCUCUUGUACCUUUUUAAACUUUUGGAAGAUAAACUCGGUCAACCUAACGUGCAGGUUACUGUCGAACCGGACACCAUCCACAAGAUUGUACUGAAAGAAGAAACUGGUGACUUGGAUGACAUUAAGACCAUAAUCGACACUGGAAAGUGGCCUAAAGAGGAAGGUACAACAACAACCACGGCAAAGACAGUUGAUACACACAAAGUAAGGAUUGACGAUAUCUUCCCGGAUAAACCCGACUUGGAAGAAAAGAUUAAAGUACUCUGGGAUAGUCUCACUGAGGAAGGAAAGGACGCGAUCGAUGAAGUAAUAGGAGACAAGAAACCUGAAGAGCAGGCCCCCAUCCUCCUAUACCUGUUCAAACUGCUAGAAGAUAAAGUUGGUCAACCUAAUGUGAAAGUCACUGUCGAACCAGAUACCAUUGAAAAGAUUGUGCUCAAAGAGGAACGAGGUGACUUGGAUGAUAUUAAGACCAUCAUUCUAACCGGAGAGUGGCCCACAUCCGGUACGGUAACAACGACCACCACACCAAAGACCGAGGAACCUGAGAAUGACAGAGUGAAUAUUCACGACAUUUUCCCCGAUAAACCGGAUCUACAGUCGAAGAUUGACCUUCUUUGGGACAAAUUAACACCAGAAGGAAAAGAAAAUAUCAACGAUCUUUUGGAAGACCUACCUAAAGAUAAAAAAGCGCCCAUUUUGCUUUACAUCUAUGAUAUUGCCAAGGAUACUCUCAAUAAGCCCAAGACCAAGCUUGACCUCGACAAAGAUACCAUCACCACGGUUAUCUUACGAGAGGAGAAAGACAAACUAGGAGAUAUACCACAGAUCAUCGAUCUUGGAAGAUGGCCAGAAGAGAGUGAGAGACCACUUAAGGGAACUACCACAACCACGCCAAAAACCGUUGAUGUACAUAAGGUGAAAAUUGACGAGCUCUUCCCAGACAAGCCCGACUUGGAAGAAAAGAUUAAGUUACUCUGGGACAGCCUCACUGAGGAAGGAAAGGACGCAAUCGAUGAAGUUAUAGGAGACAAGAAACCUGAAGAACAGGCUCCCAUCCUCCUAUACCUGUUCAAACUGUUGGAAGACAAAGUUGGUCAACCUAAUGUGAAAGUCACUGUCGAACCAGAUACCGUUGAAAAGAUUGUACUUAAAGAAGAACGUGGUGACUUGGAUGACAUUAAGACCAUCAUUCUAACCGGAGAGUGGCCCACAUCUGGUACGGUAACCACGACCACCACACCAAAGACCGAGGAACCUGAGAAUGACAGAGUGAAUAUUCACGAAAUCUUUCCCGACAAACCGGACCUACAGUCGAAGAUUGACCUUCUUUGGGAGAAAUUAACACCAGAAGGAAAGGAAAACAUCAACGAUCUUUUGGAAGAUCUACCUAAAGAUAAAAAAGCGCCCAUUUUGCUUUACAUCUACGAUAUUGCCAAGGAUACUCUCAAUAAGCCCAAGACCAAGCUUGACCUCGACAAAGAUACGAUCACCACGGUUAUCUUACGAGAGGAGAAAGACAAACUAGGAGAUAUACCACAGAUCAUCGAUCUUGGAAGAUGGCCAGAAGAGAGUGAGAGACCACUAAAAGGAACUACCACAACCACGCCAAAAACCGUUGAUGUACACAAGGUGAAAAUUGACGAGCUCUUCCCAGACAAGCCCGACUUGGAAGAAAAGGUUAAGUUACUUUGGGACAGCCUAACAGAAGACGCAAAGGACGUCAUCGAUGAGGAAUUGGGAGACAAGAAACCAGAAGAACAGGCUCCUAUCCUCUUGUACCUAUUUAAACUUUUGGAAGAUAAACUCGGUCAACCUAACGUGCAGGUUACUGUCGAACCGGACACCAUCCACAAGAUUGUACUGAAAGAAGAAACUGGUGACUUGGAUGACAUUAAGACCAUAAUCGACACUGGAAAGUGGCCUAAAGAGGAGGGUACAACAACAACCACGGCAAAGACAGUUGAUACACACAAAGUAAGGAUUGACGAGAUCUUCCCUGAUAAACCCGAGCUGGAAGAAAAGAUUAAGUUACUCUGGGACAGCCUCACUGAGGAAGGAAAGGACGCGAUCGAUGAAGUUAUAGGUGACAAGAAACCUGAAGAACAGGCUCCCAUCCUCCUAUACCUGUUCAAACUGCUGGAAGACAAAGUUGGUCAACCGAAUGUGAAAGUCACUGUCGAACCAGAUACCAUUGAAAAGAUUGUGCUUAAAGAAGAACGUGGUGACUUGGAUGACAUUAAGACCAUCAUUCUAACCGGAGAAUGGCCCACAUCUGGUACGGUAACCACGACCACCACACCAAAGACCGAGGAACCUGAGAAUGACAGAGUGAAUAUUCACGAAAUCUUCCCCGACAAACCAGACCUACAGUCGAAGAUUGACCUUCUUUGGGAAAAAUUAACACCAGAAGGAAAAGAAAAUAUUAACGAUCUUUUAGAAGACCUACCUAAGGAUAAAAAAGCGCCCAUUUUGCUUUACAUCUACGAUAUUGCCAAGGAUACUCUCAAUAAGCCCAAGACCAAGCUUGACCUCGACAAAGAUACCAUCACCACGGUUAUCUUACGAGAGGAGAAAGACAAACUAGGAGAUAUACCACAGAUCAUCGAUCUUGGAAGAUGGCCAGAAGAGAGUGAGAGACCACUAAAAGGAACUACCACAACCACGCCAAAAACCGUUGAUGUACACAAGGUGAAAAUUGACGAGCUCUUCCCAGACAAGCCCGACUUGGAAGAAAAGGUUAAGUUACUUUGGGACAGCCUAACAGAAGACGCAAAGGACGUCAUCGAUGAGGAAUUGGGAGACAAGAAACCAGAAGAACAGGCUCCUAUCCUCUUGUACCUCUUUAAACUUUUGGAAGAUAAACUCGGUCAACCUAACGUGCAGGUGAAUGUCGAACCGGACACCAUCCACAAGAUUGUACUGAAAGAAGAAACUGGUGAAUUGGAUGACAUUAAGACUAUAAUUGACCAAGGAAAGUGGCCCAGACAGGAAGGUACAACAACGACCACCCCCAAACCAGUUGAUACACACAAAGUAAGGAUUGACGAUAUCUUCCCUGAUAAACCCGAUCUGGAAGAAAAGAUUAAGUUACUCUGGGACAGCCUCACUGAGGAAGGAAAGGACGCGAUAGAUGAAGUUAUAGGAGACAAGAAACCUGAAGAACAGGCUCCCAUCCUCCUAUACCUGUUCAAACUGCUGGAAGACAAAGUUGGUCAACCUAAUGUGAAAGUCACAGUCGAACCAGAUACCAUUGAAAAGAUUGUGCUUAAAGAAGAACGUGGUGACUUGGAUGACAUUAAGACCAUCAUUCUAACCGGAGAGUGGCCCACAUCUGGUACGGUAACCACGACCACCACACCAAAGACCGAGGAACCUGAGAAUGACAGAGUGAAUAUUCACGAAAUCUUCCCCGACAAACCAGACCUUCAGUCGAAGAUUGACCUUCUUUGGGAAAAAUUAACACCAGAAGGAAAAGAAAAUAUAAACGAUCUUUUAGAAGACUUACCUAAGGAUAAAAAAGCGCCCAUUCUGCUUUACAUUUACGAUAUUGCCAAGGAUACUCUCGAUAAGCCCAAGACCAAGCUUGACCUCGACAAAGAUACCAUCACCACGGUUAUCUUACGAGAGGAGAAAGACAAACUAGGAGAUAUACCACAGAUCAUCGAUCUUGGAAGAUGGCCAUCCGAGAGUGAGAGACCCAUUAAGGGAACUACCACAACCACGCCGAAGACAGUUGAUACUCAUUUAGUUAGGAUUGACGAUAUCUUCCCUGAUAAACCCGAUCUGGAAGAAAAGAUUAAGUUACUCUGGGACAGCCUCACUGAGGAAGGAAAGGACGCGAUCGAUAAAGUUAUAGGAGACAAGAAACCUGAAGAACAGGCUCCCAUCCUCCUAUACUUGUUCAAACUGCUGGAAGACAAACUUGGUCAACCUGAUGUGAAAGUCACAGUCGAACCAGAUACCAUUGAAAAGAUUGUGCUUAAAGAUGAACGUGGUGACUUAGAUGACAUUAAGACCAUCAUUCUAACCGGAGAGUGGCCCACAUCUGGUACGGUAACGACGACCACCACACCAAAGCCCGAGGAACCGGAGAAUGACAGAGUGAAUAUUCACGAAAUCUUCCCCGACAAACCGGACCUACAGUCGAAGAUUGACCUUCUUUGGGACAAAUUAACACCAGAAGGAAAGGAAAACAUCAACGAUCUUUUGGAAGACCUACCUAAAGAUAAAAAAGCUCCCAUCCUGCUCUACAUCUACGAUAUUGCCAAGGAUACUCUUAAUAAGCCAAAUACCAAGCUGGACCUCGACAAGGACACCAUCACGAAGGUUAUCUUACGAGAAGAGAAAGACAAACUGGGAGACAUUCCACAGAUUAUCGAUCUCGGCAGAUGGCCUUCUGAGAGCGAACGACCAGUUAAGGGAACCACCACACCAAAGACAGAGGAACCUGAGAAUACCAGAGUGCCGAUUCACGACCUCUUCCCCGACAAGCCGGACCUACAGUCGAAAAUCGAUCUUAUGUGGAGUAAACUAACGCCCGAAGGAAAAGAAAACGUCAAUGAUCUUUUGGAAGAUUUACCCAAAGAUAAACAAGCUCCCAUCCUGCUCUACAUUUACGAUAUUGCCAAGGAUACUGUUGAUAAGCCCAAUACUAAGCUGGCACUCGACAGAGACACCAUCACCACGGUUAUCUUACGGGAGGAGAAAGACAAACUGGGAGACAUUCCACAGAUUAUCGAUCUCGGCAGAUGGCCUUCUGAGAGCGAACGACCAAUUAAGGGAACCACCACACCAAAGACAGAGGAACCUGAGAAUACCAGAGUGCCUAUUCACGACCUCUUCCCCGACAAGCCGGACCUACAGUCGAAAAUCGAUCUUAUGUGGAGUAAACUAACGCCCGAAGGAAAAGAAAACGUCAAUGAUCUUUUGGAAGACUUACCUAAAGAUAAACAAGCUCCUAUCCUGCUCUACAUCUACGAUAUUGCCAAGGACACUCUUGAUAAACCGAAUACCAAGCUGGACCUGGACAGAGACACCAUCACCACGGUUAUCUUACGGGAGGAGAAAGACAAGCUGGGAGACAUUCCACAGAUUAUCAUCCUCGGCAGAUGGCCUUCUGAGAGCGAAAGACCAAUUAAGGGAACCACCACACCAAAGCCAGAGGAACCUGAGAAUAACAGAGUGCCGAUUCACGACCUCUUCCCCGACAAGCCGGACCUACAGUCGAAAAUCGAUCUAAUGUGGAGCAAACUGACGCCCGAAGGAAAGAAAAACGUUAAUGAUCUCUUGGAAGAUCUACCUAAAGAUAAACAAGCUCCUAUCCUGCUCUACAUCUACGAUAUUGCCAAGGACACUCUUGAUAAACCGAAUACCAAGCUAGACCUCGACAGAGACACCAUCACCACGGUUAUCUUACGAGAAGAGAAAGACAAACUGGGAGACAUUCCACAGAUUAUCAUCCUCGGCAGAUGGCCUUCUGAGAGCGAAAGACCAAUUAAGGGAACCACCACACCAAAGCCAGAGGAACCUGAGAAUAACAGAGUGCCGAUUCACGACCUCUUCCCCGACAAGCCGGACCUACAGUCGAAAAUCGAUCUAAUGUGGAGCAAACUGACGCCCGAAGGAAAGAAAAACGUUAAUGAUCUCUUGGAAGAUCUACCUAAAGAUAAACAAGCUCCUAUCCUGCUCUACAUCUACGAUAUUGCAAAGGACACUCUUGAUAAACCGAAUACCAAGCUGGACCUCGACAGAGACACCAUCACCACGGUUAUCUUACGAGAAGAGAAAGACAAACUGGGAGACAUUCCACAGAUUAUCAUCCUCGGCAGAUGGCCUUCUGAGAGCGAAAGACCAAUUAAGGGAACCACCACACCAAAGCCAGAGGAACCUGAGAAUAACAGAGUGCCGAUUCACGACCUCUUCCCCGACAAGCCGGACCUACAGUCGAAAAUCGAUCUAAUGUGGAGCAAACUGACGCCCGAAGGAAAGAAAAACGUUAAUGAUCUCUUGGAAGAUCUACCUAAAGAUAAACAAGCUCCUAUCCUGCUCUACAUCUACGAUAUUGCAAAGGACACUCUUGAUAAACCGAAUACCAAGCUGGACCUCGACAGAGACACCAUCACCACGGUUAUCUUACGAGAAGAGAAAGACAAACUGGGAGACAUUCCACAGAUUAUCAUCCUCGGCAGAUGGCCUUCUGAGAGCGAAAGACCAAUUAAGGGAACCACCACACCAAAGCCAGAGGAACCUGAGAAUAACAGAGUGCCGAUUCACGACCUCUUCCCCGACAAGCCGGACCUACAGUCGAAAAUCGAUCUAAUGUGGAGCAAACUGACGCCCGAAGGAAAGAAAAACGUUAAUGAUCUCUUGGAAGAUCUACCUAAAGAUAAACAAGCUCCUAUCCUGCUCUACAUCUACGAUAUUGCAAAGGACACUCUUGAUAAACCGAAUACCAAGCUGGACCUCGACAGAGACACCAUCACCACGGUUAUCUUACGGGAGGAGAAAGACAAGCUGGGAGACAUUCCACAGAUUAUCAUCCUCGGCAGAUGGCCUUCUGAGAGUGAAAGACCAAUUAAGGGAACCACCACACCAAAGCCAGAGGAACCUGAGAAUAACAGAGUGCCGAUUCACGACCUCUUCCCCGACAAGCCGGACCUACAGUCGAAAAUCGAUCUAAUGUGGAGCAAACUGACGCCCGAAGGAAAGAAAAACGUUAAUGAUCUCUUGGAAGAUCUACCUAAAGAUAAACAAGCUCCUAUCCUGCUCUACAUCUACGAUAUUGCAAAGGACACUCUUGAUAAACCGAAUACCAAGCUGGACCUCGACAGAGACACCAUCACCACGGUUAUCUUACGAGAAGAGAAAGACAAACUGGGAGACAUUCCACAGAUUAUCAUCCUCGGCAGAUGGCCUUCUGAGAGCGAAAGACCAAUUAAGGGAACCACCACACCAAAGCCAGAGGAACCUGAGAAUAACAGAGUGCCGAUUCACGACCUCUUCCCCGACAAGCCGGACCUACAGUCGAAAAUCGAUCUUAUGUGGAGCAAACUAACGCCCGAUGGAAAGGAUAACGUAAACGAUCUUCUGGGAGAUUUACCUAAAGAUAAACAAGCCCCAAUUCUACUCUACAUCUACGAUAUUGCCAAGGACACUCUUGAUAAACCGAAUACCAAGCUUUCCCUCGACAGAGACACUAUCAACACGGUUAUCUUACGAGAACAGAAAGACAAGCUGGGAGACAUUCCACAGAUUAUCAUCCUCGGCAGAUGGCCUUCUGAGAGCGAAAGACCAGUUAAGGGAGUCACCACACCAAAGACGGAAGAACCUGAACCGUCCAAGAUCGACAUCAAUCAGCUCUUCCCGAAUGAUCCACAGACACAGAAUGAGAUCAAGAAGUACCUCCUUACUCUUCCCAAGGAGAUGCAGGACCAAGUUUUGAUCUACCUGUUCAAACUGCCGCCCGAUGACAGGAUUGAAAUCGUGCGCUAUUUGAUCAAACUCAACGAAGGCGUCAAAGAGACACAGAACUCGCUCGACUUGGAGACCCUGCGCAAGAUUAUGGAACUCCAAAGAAAAGACCAGCUGGAACACAAAGAGGGCGAGCUCCCGGUUAACGUCGACAAGAUAUUCCCGGACAGGCCCGAUUUGCAGGCGGCCAUCCGCUUUUUCCUCAACAAUCUGUCCAAUCGCGCCAGUGAGCUGAUACGAAUCCACCUCUCAGACUUAACUCCGGACGCGCAAGGACGUAUUCUACUCUACCUGAUCAACCUCAGCAGAAAAAUAUUGGAAACCCCCGGCAUAAGGGUCGACUUGGACCUGCAAGCUCUGAAAACGGUGAUCCGGAUGUACAACAUGAACGGACUGAAGGGAGUUGAAAACGGAACGUAUCCGACGAAACACACUGGAGAAGCUAUUCACCACACAAUGCCUCCACCACCCAAAAACAUACAGGAACGAGUAAACCUCCAGAUUAAAGCGCUCUUCCCAGGCGCACCCGAAUUCGUACCCCGAUUCAUCGCCUUCUUGGAUACCAUGAAUGCCGGACCAUCCACCAUGCAGUACGAGUACGAUCCCGACGUGCUCAACUUGUACUUCGAAGCGUUCCUGGAGUCGUUAACCGACAAGGAGAAGGAUAAAAUUGCAACGGGCAAACCUGUGGUAAAAGAACCUUCGAUUAUUGAUUACAUCAACUUCCACAAGCUCAUCCCCGGCGAUGCCGACCUACAGGCCAGGCUACGAGUGUACUUGGAGGGCUUAGAUCGGGAGUCCCAGGAGAUCAUGGUGUUCAUUUUCAGCCUUUUGGACCCAAUCCCGCCAUAUUCACAGAGACAACUCCGAAUGGUGCUGACCAGUACGAACGAUUCGCAAUGGAAAAUGAACGCCAUCAUCCAGUGGAUCCCAACUCUUCCGGCAUCCGUUACGAAACGCCUCGAGGAAGUCGGCGGAAUAAAAACGACUGAAAUUGGUGGGUCAACGGGGUCGAACGUGAUCAACUACGAAAAGCUUCUCCCUGGCAACCCAUCCCUUCAGGUUACCCUCCGCAAAUUCGUCGAAGGAGUCGAACCAAACGCGCAGAACACAAUCCAAAUCCUCUUCAGUCACUUGCAACCGUUACCGAAAAUGUACCAGGAUCAGCUUUCCAACAUCCUACUCACCACACCCGGCGCUUUACAGGUACCAAAGGUGAUGCAGUGGGCGAGCAGCCUUCCGAAAUCGCUCCUGGGCAACAUGGAAAUAAUCAAGCAGACUGGUACAGCUAACGGUGGAUGGGUUGCUGCAGCUCCGCCGACCGUGGGGAAUGGAUACUCAACUAUUUUGCACGCUAUGAAGAACAAAGCACAUGGUGGAUUCAGCGAGAUGAUGAAAUCGCUUCCAGUUUCCGGGCUGACCGUCGUCCAACCGAAACAACCACGUAGGGCACUACGCGAAGUGGACGCAAGCAAAAUGAAGGAAACAGCAGAAGAGGCGAAGAGCGCGAUUAGCAACCUAAUGGAGACGGCCAAGGACAAGGUGCAACACUAUUGGACCCUCUUCUCGAACGAGAUGGCCAGCAUCGGUCAAAAAAUCGCAGAAACCGCCAAAAAGGUUCCGGAGUACUUUUCGAAGGCCGAUUACGGGAAGAAGGAGUAGGAGAUAACAACGGACCGGCUUCUUUUAGUUAAUUGAUACUGCUUAAUUUGUGUUAUACACAAUAAAUUGCAUUUGAAGGAU